ACGAGUGAAUCUUAUCAACUGGGGUUGAGUGUUGUCACUUGUUAAAGAAUAAGUCCCGAGUGUUUGGAAGAUAUGGAAGGGUGUUCAGAUUUCAGGAUAAAGGAGUUAGUGAACAGUAUUUGCCGUUUGUUGUUGGGUGAGGAAAAUGAAUUCAAUGAAGAUCCUUCAAUCCUUAAAAUAAACAAUGAAAAUCUGUCGGAGUACGGAGACGUGUGUUUCUUAACGAACCUCGAUACUUGGAAGAAAGUGUUUCGAAAUAGUUUCACACCAACGACGAGCUGUGGGAAUAUACUUGAGCACUACUUAAUCAGAAAUGAGAUAAAAUUUGAGGACUGCGAUGCUGUGGAAAAGGCCUUUCAGAAUAUAGUACAAGCUAGUAGCAAUUGGUCUCUGAAAAUCGAGACAUGUCAGCUUCGAAAUGAAAGAGUAUCCGUAUUUUUAAACAGAACUCAGACUUUUGCAAACGGACUAGCUCGUAUUGUGGUCAGAGACCAUAGCUAUGGUCAAUUAACGCCAAAGUGUGGAUCUUUCUUUUUUCAUAUCGUCAAAGAUCUAGACUCAGAUUUGACAAACCUACGAUUGCGUCUGAUUAAAGGUGUGGCUGAAAAUAUAGUCAAGGCUAACGGAUACCAGGUAUCCGAAGGUAGCGACAGUGACAGGUAUUAUGUGACCACCAAGUCAAAAAGAGAUUUGACCAAAUAUCCCAAAAUACUGUUAUGUGGGGUGACAAAGAAUUCUGUUACCGGAACAAAGGAAACUGCGCUCACAGAAGCUGAAUAUUUGCGUCGAAAGUUGGCGGAGCUAGCCGAUACAACAGAACAUAGACUGUCUGAUUUGGCUGAACCGAAACAUGAACAAAAUUCUGUACUUUCGCAAAUCGCAGAGGCAGUGAUUGCGUUACAGUUUUUGGCUGUGAAACCUAGUCGUACUCUUACAAUUUCUUCCGAGCUAGGCUUGGAUGAGACUACUAUAAAUGUUAAAGGUUCGUCCUUUAUUUUGUAUAAUACAGCUAGGAUAUCAGCAAUAUUUCAGAAGUUUGACCAACAAUACUUGAAAGGAGACUACCCGAGUUUGCCAAGUAUUGAAGAGGUGGAUUUUUCACUACUCAGGGAAGCGGAGGAGUGGGAAUUGAUGCACAUCUUUUUACUUGGCUAUCCAGAAAUGGUAAAAAGUUGUGCGAGGCUCACCGGAGAUCUGGAGGUUUGUCCACACUACAUAUGCUCGUUUUUGUCACGAUUGGCCAGCAAGUUCAGCGCCUAUUAUCGCCGAGUUCGCGUAUUGACUGAAGGACGAGAUCAUUUAUUACCAACUAUGAUGGCAAGAUUGUAUCUUCUGAAGGCAAUACAGAUAGUAACACGCAAUGCUUUGAGUCUACUUAAUCUAGAUCCAGUUUCGAGAAUGUAAUGAUAAAUUGGAACUAAUUGACCGACCAAUUGAAUCGCAAAAUUUCCAGCCGAUUGGAAACAAUAUGAGUGAGUUGAGAACCGUCUCUACUCUCUUUCUCUCUCCUUUCUCUUUGUACGCUUCUCUCGUAAGAUCUCAAAAACCUGAGCCUUAUAUACAGCUUAUCUAUCAGCGUUAUUUGAUAAUGUUGAUAAAGGUGCACCUGAAAGACGAUGUGUUUGCAUGCGACGGUAUCUAAUAAAGUCAAAGUAUAGGCGUGCAGUUUAUUUUACGGUAAUGAAAACAUAUUUUUAUUGAUUACAUAUACCAGGAGACAGUUUGAAUAUGUGAUACAAUCGAAUGAUACGUUAGAGUUUUCAAGCUAAGAUUUGUCCCAAUAUCGAUUACCUGUACCAUGAAGUAUGACCUGUCUUAGAGAAUCGUUAGGCUGUAUAAAAUAUCGAGGUACUACAAUGUGUAUAGAUUACACUCCAUAUAUUUCAUGUUUCUCAUUUGACUUGUCUAACAAAGGGGGAGAAAUAUUUUCUUUUUUUUCUCUGAUAGUUUCACGUUUUCUCUACCCAACUUCCUGUCCCUUAGUCGUUUGUUAUUUUAAU